AUGUCUUUGGCUCCGCUCAGCAUUCUACUUCAAACCUGUCCAACUUACGACACCAGGAGAAACCACGCGACCUCGCGCGACGUCCGUUCCGGAUCCGUUUUCCAUUCAAAUGACGAAAAUAGCUUCAUUCUGGCAUCAUCCAACUUGCAUCCAACUCCGCACAGACGUAAAUCAAUCCAGCAUGCAACGCGCCUGAGUCCUCGUUUUGGUGGCGACGCACCGGAUAGUACACGCUUGGGAUUCGGAAUUGAACCUGGCUCUGAUUUCUUUCAAGAGAUUUUGAGCAGGUGGUAUGAGCCCUGUGUCGGAUUUCAGACUUCAUCCUUCUCUCGGAACCAAAAUCGUCCACGCGGUACAGCGUUUCAAAGUCUGUCCAACAACUGUCCAAAGUCCGUCACCAUGCGACGAAAUUUCCCCAUUGAAUUGAGGAAAUGGUUUCGUCUGGACGUCGUUUACUGGAUAAGAAAACUAUAUAUAAAGGUCGGACCUCAGAACUCAAUCCUCAUCCCAUCGCAGGUCGAUUCGAUCCACUGUCUUCAAUUGGUGCAGGUCACCAACCCUCAACGAAUUUCCUCUGCCCUUUAUUUCAUUCUUCAGUAUGCGUUCUCAAUAUACUCCGGUGGGACUCCUUCUUCUGGCAUCUAUUACUGGCGUCCUUUCAGUGCCCCUCAGUUUAACUCACGAUGCUCCUGCUAACGCCGCUGAAACAACCAACCAAGGCAAUCUCGACGCGGCCACAGUCGAAGCUAAUCGGCAAAUCGGUAUAAUGGAGAAAGUCAUCGCAGACCCUGAUAACGAGAAGCAUAAACCUCUCAUCGAUGCCGCGUUCGGAGCGAGCGCUGACCGGGACAUCAUUAAAGCAAAUGUCGAGAAGCUCAAGACCGGCAACGUUCCUGUUAAGCUUGCCGCCGCGCCAAGAGUUGUCGCCUACACGCAAUACUCUGAAACGGAUCCCAUGGUCGCUCAACAUGUUGUGUUCGGUGAAAAGUACCAUGAAUCUUCGCCCGCCGCUCAAGCCGGUACCCUAAUCCACGAAGCCACACAUGUACUCUCGGACACUGGCGAUUAUAUGAGGGGUAGGCCUGGCACUAUGAUCCCAGGUAGCGACUCACGUGUGUCGGCCAAAACGGGAUACACAAAGUCGUCUGAGCCGUACACGACCAUUGAAGCUCUCAAUAAGGACAAAAAUUUCCCCGGCAUACGAGAUAAGACCGGGGGUAUGCACAAUAACGCGGAGUCCUACGCGCAAUUUGCAAGCUUAUGCGCGAAUGCUGGUCUCCGCCGCCGCGAGUUCCACAUGUACAGACGAGCGUUGGCGGAUGGUGAUCACGACAUGGCAGCCCAUUACCUCGUGAGGCGCCAGUCGUGCGCGCUUCCCAAGGACUACUUCAAGAAUAAGGCGGCUACCAAAAAGGCUGCAGAAGCAAAAACUCCUGCCGCUGGUGACAAGAAAGCUGCUACCAAGCUAGCCACAACCUCUAAAGCCUUGGGCCGUUUAACUGCGGGUGCCAAGAAGUCCGCUUUGACGCCUGGAUCCAAGAAAUCGGCGUUGACACCUGGGUCCAAGAAAUCCGCACUCGCGGCUGGCGCGAAAAACUCCAAACUCACCUCGGCAACUAAAGGACGUUUAACUGCUGGAAAGAAGUCCGCGCUGACACCUGAUGCAAAGAAAUCCGCUCUCACGGGGAAAAAACCAUCAUCUAAACUCUCCAGGACCUCUAAAGCCACCAAAGCGUCCAAACUCACCAAAUCAGGGCUUGGUACCAAAGGCAAACUUGCAGGGAAAGGUGUUGCCGGUGCUCGUAAACCCACCUCCAAGUCACCUACCGGCAAGCGCAUUGCCACUGCCAAGUUCGGAGCCGCUGGCGCGAAAAAACUCGGCGCUGGCAAGAAAACCGCCACAGCCAAGUCCCUAACGAAGGGAGCAGCUCGCGCUGGUGCCAAAAAGGUCGCUGGUGCGCGUACACCGGGUUCCAAGUCUCUCACCAAGGGAGCUAACCGCGCGGGUUCCAAAAAGGUGGCUGGCUCUCGUACCACAAAGGGGGCGGGUACCAAGAAGGCAGCUGGAGCGAAGUCUUUGACAAAGGGAGCAAAUCGUGCAGGGUCCAAGAAGGUCACUGGUGCCCGUACCACCAAGGGAGCGGCCUCGAAGAAGGCAGCUGGCGCGAAGGCUCUUAUCAAGGGAGCAAACCGUGCAGCAUCUAAGAAGGUCGCUGGUGCCCGCACCCCCAAAUCUGCUGGCAAGGGAGCGGGCUCCAAGAAAGCUGUGGGUGCGAAGUCAGCUACCAAGGGAGCGAACCGUGCAGGCGUCAAGAAGACUGCAUCAAAGGUUGGGGGAACUCAGAAGGCAGCCGCUAAAAGGCCUUCCGCCAAGACCACUGGUGCUCGCAAACCGACAUCCAAGGUUGCUGCCUCCAAGUCCCUCGUUAAAGGAGCGGCCGGAGCCAAGAAAGUCACGUCUGCGGGAAAGCCGACAUCAAAGGUUUCUUCACCCACUCGAGGUGCCACUCGUGCUAAGAAGGUCGUCGGGGCAGCGGCUAAGUCUGCUCCAAAGAAGAGCACUGUUUCCGCUGGCAAGGCAGCUGUGAAGAGUAUCCGAGUCGCGACGCCGCAGAAUUUGAAGAAGGCUGCGACGCUCACGGCUACUGUGGCCUCAAAGGGCAAGAAGAAGUAAUUUAGAGCAGUUGUCGUAAAGGUUGUAAUUGGAAU